AUGGCAGAGGUCGCGCAGCCACCAGCAGAAAUCCAAGCUCGGCAAAUCACAUAUUGUGGAGUUUGCACAUUACCUCCAGAGUACUGCGAGUUCGGCGGAACGGCAAGGAAAUGUCAAGAGUGGUUGAAAGAUAACCGGCCGGACGAGUAUCAGCGGUUAUAUUCUGAUGAAACCAUAAGCGCAAACCUCUCUACCCUCUCCGUAUCCGUCCAGGAGCGCGCGGCCAAGGAUGCCGCAAAGAAGGAAGCGAAGGCGGCGGCGGCGGAAGCGCGGGAUGCAGAACGACGAGCGACGUCGAAGGUUCAGAUCAAGCGUGUCGAGCGCAACAAACGCAAGCAUGUUAGUGUUAUCACAGGGCUCGAAGUUUACGGGCUAGAGAACAAGAAAGUGGCCAAGGAGCUGGGCAAGAAGUUUGCGACGGGAUCCUCUGUCACAAAGUCCGCUUCUGGAAUCGAGGAGAUCACAGUGCAGGGUGAUGUCUGUGAGGACAUUAAGGAAUGGCUAUUGGAAAAUUAUGGGAAGGGGAUUUCUGAAUCCAACAUUGAGAUUGUGGAGGAUAAGAAGAAGAAGAAAGGCGCGGCUGAGGCCUAA